AUGGCUCAGCUGGCUGGCCCUGAUGAGAUAGAGUCAUUUCGGAUUGAGUUAGCAGAGAUUGGAAGAAGCAUAAGAACCUCAUUCAGGAAUCACGUGUCAAGUUUGCGUAGCGUCUCAACUGAGAAUUCUGAACACGGUACGGAUGCUGAUAACGAAGAGGUGUCACAAUGGGCUGCUGUUGAGAGAUUACCAACCUUUGAACGGAUUACCACUGCUUUGUUUGAGGAGCAAGAUGGCACUUCUGGAAAUAGAGGUGUUAAAGGGAAGAGAAUCAUCAAUGUUGCCAAAAUUGGAGCUCAAGAGCGACAUAUGUUCAUUGAGAAGCUCAUCAAACACAUUGAAAAUGAUAACCUCCGAUUGUUGCAGAAACUUAGGAAAAGAAUUGACAAAGUUGGUGUGCAGUUGCCCACUGUAGAAGUGAGAUACAGAAACCUGUGUGUUGAAGCAGAAUGCGAGAUAGUUCAGGGAAAGCCUCUCCCCACUCUUUGGAACACUGUUAAGAGUAUUCUCUCUGGGAUUGCCAAUCUGUCACAUUCAGAACAAAGAAGCAAGAUAAGCAUCAUAAAAGAUGUCAGCGGCGUUAUUAACCCCGGAAGGAUGACUUUAUUGCUUGGCCCUCCAGGAUGUGGAAAAACUACUUUGUUGUUGGCUCUCUCUGGGAAACUAAACCAUUCUCUCAAGGUUGCAGGGGAAAUAUCUUACAAUGGUCACAGAUUGGAAGAGUUUGUUCCUCAGAAAUCUUCAGCAUAUGUAAGCCAAUAUGAUCUGCAUAUUCCAGAGAUGACAGUAAGAGAAACAAUUGAUUUUUCAGCACGUUGUCAGGGAAUAGGAAGCCGAGCUGAGGUCAUGAUGGAAGUCAGUAGAAGGGAGAAGCAGGCAGGAAUACUUCCAGAUUCUAAUGUGGAUGCUUACAUGAAGGCAAUAUCAGUUGAGGGAUUGAAAAGUAACCUUCAGACAGAUUACAUGCUGAAGAUUCUAGGACUUGAUAUUUGUGCCGACACAAUGGUCGGGGAUGCCAUGAGAAGAGGUAUCUCAGGUGGUCAGAAGAAACGUUUGACUACAGGGGAGAUGAUUGUGGGUCCAACGAGAGCACUAUUCAUGGAUGAAAUAUCAAAUGGCUUAGACAGCUCAACCACUUUCCAAAUUGUUUCUUGUCUACAACAUUUGUCUCAUAUUAUGGAUGCCACAGUUUUGAUUUCACUACUUCAGCCAGCUCCAGAGACCUUCGAUCUCUUUGAUGACAUCAUACUGAUGGCAGAAGGGAAGAUUGUGUAUCAUGGCCCACGUUCUAGUAUUUGCAAAUUCUUUGAGGACUGUGGGUUUAGAUGCCAUGAAAGAAAAGGUGUUGCAGACUUCCUUCAAGAGGUUAUUUCUAGAAAAGAUCAAGGCCAAUAUUGGUACCUUACCCAACAACCAUACAGUUAUGUUUCAGUUGACGAGUUUGUUACAAAAUUCAAAGAAAGUCAGCUUGGCAAGAAUCUAGAUGAAGAGAUCUCGAAGCCAUUUGAUAAGUCUAAAAGCCACAAGAGUGCUUUAUCCUUUACAAAAUACUCAUUAACAAAAUGGGAAAUGCUUAAAGCUUGCUGUGUGAGAGAAUUUCUUUUAAUGAAGAGGAAUUCUUUUAUUUAUGUAUUCAAAUCUGUACAGCUAUUGAUCAUUGCUUCAGUAACAAUGACUGUCUUACUGCGCACAAGAAUGGGUGUUGAUGCGAUCCAUGCAAGCUAUUAUAUGGGUGGUUUGUUCUAUGCACUGCUUAUCUUACUUGUCGAUGGAUUUCCAGAGCUGCAGAUGACUGUCUCUCGGCUUGCUGUUUUUUAUAAACAUAGAGAGUUAUGUUUUUAUCCUGCUUGGGCUUAUGCAAUCCCUGCUGCUAUACUUAAAGUUCCAGUUUCAUUGUUGGAAGCGUUCGUUUGGACAGUUCUUACUUACUACGUCAUUGGCUACAGCCCCGAGUUCGAAAGGUUCCUCCGCCAGUUCCUUCUACUCUUUCUGGUACACUUGGCAUCAACAUCUAUGUUUCGGUUUGUUGCAUCAGUCUUCCAAACUGUGGUUGCUUCAACAACAGCUGGUGCUCUCACUAUAUUAAUUGCUUUAGUAUUUGGUGGCUUCGUAAUUGCGAAACCCGCUAUGCCUGUUUGGCUGCAAUGGGGAUUUUGGAUUUCUCCAUUAACAUAUGGUGAGAUAGGUUUGACUGUCAAUGAGUUUCUUGCUCCUCGGUGGGAAAAGGUUGUCUCUGGUAACACAUCCAUCGGACAACAAACACUAGAAAGCCGUGGCUUAAAUUUUCAUGGCUACUUUUACUGGAUAUCAGUUGGUGCAUUGAUUGGACUGACAGUGCUUCUCAAUAUCGGUUUCACAAUGGCUUUAACCUUCUUAAAGCCCACAGGAAACUCCCAUGCAAUUAUUUCUCGUGAAAAGUACAAUCAGCUCCAAGGAAAAAUAAAUGACGGCAACUUUUUUGACAAGGACAAGACCCUCACUGCUGCUCCUGCUAAAUCUAGUACAGAACCCAAAAGCGGAAGGAUGGUGUUGCCUUUUGAGCCCCUUACUAUGACAUUUAGGGAUGUUCAGUAUUACGUUGACACACCUUUGGAAAUGCGAAAACAUGGUUAUCAACAGAAGAAGCUUCAGCUUCUUUCUGACAUUACUGGUGCAUUCAAACCUGGUAUCCUCACCGCAUUGAUGGGUGUUAGUGGAGCAGGGAAAACAACUCUUAUGGAUGUUCUUUCUGGAAGGAAAACUGGUGGUACUAUUGAGGGAGAGAUUAGAAUUGGCGGGUAUGCGAAGGUCCAGGAUUCAUUUGCUAGAAUAUCAGGUUACUGUGAGCAAACCGACAUUCAUUCCCCACAAAUUACUGUAGAAGAAUCUCUGGUAUACUCUGCUUGGUUGCGGCUCCCACCUGAGAUAGAUGAGGAAACUAAAUAUGAGUUUGUAAAUGAAGUCCUUGAAACUAUCGAGCUUGAUGGAAUUAAAGAUUCUUUAGUAGGCAUGCCAGGAAUUAGUGGUUUAUCAACUGAGCAGCGUAAACGGUUGACUAUAGCUGUGGAACUUGUUGCCAAUCCAUCUAUCAUAUUUAUGGAUGAACCAACUUCGGGUUUAGAUGCAAGAGCAGCUGCAAUUGUUAUGAGAGCGGCAAAGAAUAUAGUUGAAACCGGAAGAACAGUUGUUUGCACCAUCCAUCAGCCAAGUAUUGAUAUCUUUGAGGCAUUUGAUGAGUUGAUUCUAAUGAAAAUUGGAGGACGUAUAAUCUAUUCUGGACCAUUAGGCCAGCGGUCAAGCAAGGUGAUUGAGUAUUUUGAGAGUAUUCCGGGUGUGCCUAAGAUCAAGGACAGUUACAAUCCUGCAACAUGGAUGUUAGAAGUUACUUCUAAAUCUGCAGAAGCUGAACUUGGUGUAGCUUUUGAUCAAAUUUAUGAAAGGUCGACCUUGUAUCAGGAGAUCAAAGAGUCGGUUAAGCAAUUGAGUUCACCAACUCCUGGUUCCAAAGAAUUGCAUUUUUCCACUCGUUUUCCGCAGAAUGGCUGGGAGCAACUCAAAGCAUGCCUGUGGAAACAAAACUUGUCUUAUUGGAGAAGUCCUUCUUAUAAUCUUUUGCGCAUAAUUUUCAUGUCCUUUGGAGCUCUCCUAUUUGGCCUCCUGUUCUGGCAGCAAGGAAAGAAAAUCUACAACGAGCAGGACUUGUUCAAUGUAAUGGGCUCAAUGUACGCAGUCAUAGUAUUCUUUGGCAUAAACAAUUGCUCCACAGUCCUACCUUAUGUAGCAACAGAGAGGACUGUUUUUUACCGGGAAAGGUUUGCUGGAAUGUAUUCUUCAUGGGCCUAUUCACUUGCUCAGGUGCUAGUUGAGGUUCCAUACUUGUUCGCUCAAGCAAUCAUUUAUGUGAUCAUCGCAUAUCCUAUGAUUGGUUAUUCACCGUCUGCCUAUAAGAUAUUCUGGUCUUUUUACAGCAUGUUCUGCGCAUUGCUAUUUUUCAACUACCAAGGGAUGCUGCUUGUGUCAUUGACACCCAACAUUCAAGUGGCUGCCAUUUCAGCCUCAUUUUCAUACACGAUGCACAACUUUUUCUCAGGCUUCGUUGUACCAAAACCGCAUAUUCCAAAAUGGUGGCUUUGGCUGUAUUACCUUAGUCCCACCUCUUGGGCAUUAAAUGGCAUGUUCACCUCACAGUAUGGAGAUGUAGACAAAAAAAUAUCAGUAUUUGGCGAGACUAAAGUUGUUUCUGCUUUUAUCGAGGAAUACUUUGGGUAUCAUCACAGCUUUUUGAGUGUUGUGGGUGUUGUACUAAUCAUCUUUCCCAUUGUCACUGUUUGUCUUUUUGCUUAUUGUGUUGGAAGACUGAACUUCCAGAGAAGGUAG